AUGAAACAACUUGAUGGAUAUUCAAUAUUAAUUGUUGGAAAAUACUUUCAAAAUAUUCAUGAUUAUUUUAAUAUUACUUUAGUAAAUUCUAAAUUUAAAUUAACAUUAGAGAAAUAUCAUUAUAAUCCAAUACCAAUAACAUUAAAAAUGAAAAAAUAUUUUCCAAAUCUUCAAACACAAAUUAUUUAUUCAAAUGAUGAACCAAUACUUAAAGGAAUACAAAAUAUUGUUUAUGAUUGUAAAAUAGAAUAUUCAACAUAUGUAAAAAUUAUUCAAGAAAAUAAAACAAAUAGAAUUCAAAGAAAGUUUUUAAGAGUUGAAUAUUCUAUAUAUGAUAGAGAUGAUUUUGGUGAUACAAUUCCAAUUCAAGCAAAUUAUCUAGGUUAUUAUGCUUAUGGUAAUUAUUCAUUAAAAACACUUAAUAUACCAGAAUCUAUUAAAGUUCUUAGUCCACGUUGUUUGUGUAAAAAUUCUCUUCAUUCUUUAAUUAUUCCAAGUUCAAUUCAUUCUCUUCCAAUUUCAUGUUGUUAUUUAUGUAAUUUUCUUACUUCAAUUCAAUUAUCAACUACUCUUGGUUCAAUAGGGGCUUUUUGUUUUUAUGGUUGUAGUUCUUUAAAAACAAUAAUAAUUCCAUCAUCAGUUUCAUUUAUUGGAAGUAGUUGUUUUGAGAAAUGUUUGUCACUAAAAUCUUUAGUUAUACCUGAUUGUAUUAAUACUUUAAAUGAACGAUUAUUCCAAGACUGUACUUCAUUAACUUCAAUUCACAUUCCUUCUUCAGUAACUCGAAUAAGAAAUAAUUGUUUUUUUAAUUGUUUGUCAUUACAAAAAUUUGACUAUCACCCAUUUGAUAAAACGAUUAAAUUUUCAAUCCCAUUAUUUACAAAACCUUUAUUUGAAUCAGCUGGAAUAAAAACUCCUUUUAUUAAAUUCACUAAAUAUGACCGUUUAAAAAAUGGAAAUAUAAUUCCACCUUCUGUUACUUCAUUAGAAAAAUAUUGUUUUGCUGGAUUACCAAGUCUUUCUUCAAUUUGUAUUCCAUCUUCAGUAACUAAAAUUGGAAAAGGAUGUUUUUCAAAUAGUGAUUAUAUUGAAACAAUGUCUAUUCCAUCAUCAGUUAAAGUAUUUGGUACUAAUUGUUUAAGUUGGAGACUUUCAACAUAUUAUUCUUUUUGUUAA